AUGGCUGGACCAGCCACUCUACCUGUAUGCAUUGCACACCAGGCAAGGGCUCUCCGUACCCUCCAGGCUGCUGCAGCCCCCCAUCCUCUCUGCAGCCCCCCACAGCCUUCCCACACCCAAACCUUCAGCACCAGCAGGUCUGGCCCAGCUCGGCACAGCCCAGGUGGUGCUCAGGAGCUGGAGGAAGAGAGAAAAGCCCCAUGGAAAAGCCCUAAGGAAGGAGAAGAGGGUGGAGACGUGUCUCCUCCCAGCCCAGGAGAGCCCAGGGCAGAGAGGCUGGCGAGGCGUGAGACACUUCGAGAGAGGGCUCUGCGCAGCAAGAUGUCCCGACUAGCAGAAGCAACUUCUCAGCUUGUACAAGUAGAACAAACUCUCCUGCUCCCUCUCCUACAGCAGCAUCCUCUUCCUCUCCACCCAAAA